CUACCACUUUUCUGUCUCCCGGUUGCUUGUGCUCCUGACCCCCUCUUGGUUUCAGCAGCGCUAAAACAAGCAGGUCUACUUCAAAUAAAAACACCCAGACACACGAAUUUAAUACCGUUCACCCAUGAAGCAUGGCGGCUAAUUUUGGCAAGAUUCUCAUCGGUAUUUACGUGGAGAUAAAACGAAGCGAUGGACGAAUACAUCAGGCUAUGGUUACGUCUCUGAAUGAAGACAAUGACAGUGUUACUGUUGAGUGGAUUGAGAAUGGAGAUACCAAAGGCAAAGAGAUUGACUUGGAAAGUAUAUUUGCACUAAAUCCAGACAUCGCACCUGAUGAAGAAAUUGCGGUAAGCCCUGAAACCCCACCACCGCCAACACCAACUUCUGCCAAAGUUAACAAGAUAGCAAAGAACCGACGCACAGUAAAUCCCAUUAAAAAUGAAACGCCUUCCAGAGACAACAGAGUUGGGUCUGCUAGAGCAAGGCCCAGUCAACUUCCUGAGCAAGCCCCAGCAGCCCCAGUGCAGCCUCUUACACAGCAGCAGCAGCUACAGCAGCAGCAGAAUGCUCGUAGAAAAUCAAACUGUGUAAAGGAAGUUGAAAAACUACAAGAAAAAAGAGAGCGGCGAAGGUUACAACAACAAGAGCUGAGAGAGAAGAGAGCACAGGAUGUUGACACUACGUAUCCCAACUAUGAAAUAAUGUACAUGAUCAGAGAUUUCCGGGCAAGUCUUGACUACAGGCCGUUAACAACUGCUGAUCUGAUUGAUGAGCACAGGAUAUGUGUUUGUGUAAGAAAACGUCCACUUAAUAAGAAAGAAACUGCCCUGAAGGAUCUUGAUGUACUCACCAUCCCCAGUAAAGAUGUUGUAAUGGUUCAUGAACCCAAACAGAAGGUGGAUUUAACAAGAUACUUGGAAAACCAAACUUUCCGCUUUGACUACGCGUUUGACGAUACAACCACAAAUGAAAUGGUUUACAGGUUUACAGCCCGUCCUCUAGUGGAGACAAUAUUUGAGAGAGGAAUGGCCACUUGCUUUGCUUAUGGACAAACUGGCAGUGGUAAAACACAUACAAUGGGCGGCGACUUUUCAGGAAAGAAUCAGGAUUGUUCAAAAGGAAUAUAUGCACUAGCUGCACGGGAUGUAUUUCUUAUGCUGAAAAAGCCAAACUAUAAGAAGUUAGAUCUUCAAGUAUAUGCAACGUUUUUUGAGAUUUAUAGUGGCAAGGUUUUUGACUUGUUGAACCGGAAAACCAAGUUACGAGUCCUUGAAGAUGGAAAACAGCAGGUUCAGGUGGUGGGGUUACAGGAACGGGAAGUGAAAUGUACUGAGGAUGUGUUAAAACUGAUUGAGAUAGGAAACAGCUGCAGAACAUCUGGUCAGACAUCAGCUAAUGCCCACUCCUCAAGAAGCCAUGCAGUGUUUCAGAUUAUUCUGCGAAGGAAAGGAAAGAUGCAUGGCAAGUUUUCACUUAUAGAUCUUGCUGGAAAUGAAAGGGGAGCAGAUACCUCAAGUGCAGACAGACAAACAAGACUCGAAGGUGCUGAAAUAAACAAAAGUCUUCUGGCACUGAAGGAGUGUAUUAGGGCCUUGGGUCGCAACAAACCACACACCCCUUUCAGAGCAAGUAAACUCACGCAGGUGCUCCGAGAUUCCUUCAUUGGAGAGAACUCAAGGACAUGCAUGAUUGCAACAAUUUCUCCCGGAAUGGCCUCCUGUGAAAAUACUUUGAAUACUCUGAGAUACGCAAACAGAGUAAAGGAGUUUGGAAUCAGUCCUUCAGACAUUCCCUUCUCGCAGGGUGGCUGCAGCCGCUCUGAGCUCUCCCCUACCUCUGAGCAUGAUGACUUUUCUACUUCGCCCAGCAGAGUGAAGGAGUUGACAGUAGAUCCCAGUGCAGUCAUAGAAGGACGCCCCAAUAUUCAUGGUGCAAAUCAGCUGGAUACAUUGGAAGCCCAAUGGGGUGUUGGAAGCUCUCCUCAAAGAGAUGAUCUCAAGCUGCUUUGUGAACAAAAUGAGGAGGAAGUAUCUCCCCAGCUGUUCACUUUCCAUGAAGCUGUAUCCCAGAUGGUAGAAAUGGAGGAGCAGGUGGUAGAGGACCACAGGGCUGUUUUCCAGGAGUCUAUAAGAUGGCUGGAGGAUGAAAAGGCACUGUUGGAAAUGACUGAAGAAGUAGAUUAUGACGCAGAUUCUUAUGCCACACAACUAGAACAAAUUUUGGAUCAAAAGAUCGAGAUCUUAACAGAACUAAGAGAUAAAGUGAAAUCUUUCCGUUCAGCCCUCCAGGAGGAAGAACAAGCUAGUAAGCAGAUUAAUCCCAAGCGACCACGUGCCCUUUAGGCACUCUCUCUGUCUGUAUAUGUGUUUAAGGAUUAUAAAACAAAAAAAGAAACCCACUAAACUUCUACUGUACAUUUCUGUAAUUCUUAAACCUGGUUGUGAGACAUCAACAACUUAAACUAAAAACUUUGCUGUAAAUAAGAGGAGCCGCCUUACUCUCACUUUUCCGUUGUACAUGAAACACUCCCAUGGUGUUAAUACAAAUGCUUCCAACAGCACAAACUUGCAGGGUUAGGAUCCCUAGCACUUUGUUUGAUAUUUUUUAAUUGUACUAAUCCUUGCCAACUUUUUAAAAAACCAAUGAAGUAAAACUGUGGACUUUUGACUUCCAUAGUACCUUUCUGUUAAAUGUGUUAAGACUUUGUUACAAAGACUGGCUGGACAGUUUUGAAAUGUAUGCAUGCAGAACCCAUCAGUGAUUGUAAAAUAUUUCCCUAUCACCCUAACUGUGCCCACAUGGAUGUGCUCUAUAUAGCAGUCUUGCUAUAGGGCCAGGUUCAUUCUUUAGCUGAACUGCAUAGUAAGCACAGUCUUAAUAAAACACAUUCCUUAUCA